UACAAGUGAAAUUGAUCACUGAAACUCGGGGAAAUCCUUUGGAAAAUUUUGGGACUAGAUAUGGCAUGAGAUUUGUUAUGGAGAAAGUGCCUUCAAAAGAAGAAGAAACAGAGGCUUCAGAAGAAUCACAGUCUGAUGAAUCAGUUAUCUCUGAUCUCCUUAAGAAUGAAAAAAAUGGGCCACUUGCUUUACCUGUUAAGAGAGCCAGGCAGCUGAUUGGACUUUACACCAUGACACAAAACCCUAAUAUGACCCAUUUGAAAAUUAAAAGGCCAGUUAAGCCUCUUCCUCCGUUGUGGGUAAAAUGUGACAGCUCAGAUCCUGAAAGUACCUGUUGGCUAGGUGCUGAGCCUAUGAGAACAAAGAAAGGCAUCGUGGGAAUCACUUUACAAGUGGUUACAUGUAAAGGUCCCACAGCUGAAAAAAAUUCCUCUGUAAAUCUUGAGGAUUUGAAAAGUUCACACCUGAAAAGACAUAAUUCAACUACUGUAACAACUAAGGGUGUUGCUCAGUAUGAGCUGUUUAAGUCCACUCCCUUGGAUGAUUCAUCUUCCUUUUCACAUACUACUAUUAGUUUGGAUAUUUCAUGGGGUCCUGUGGAUGAACUUCUCCAAACACCUCCUCUCACUUCUGCUGCAGUAUUGAAUAUUAAAGUGGAACCUGGAGAUCCUCGAAGCCCUUUGUACCAUCUGCAUAGAGAACUGAAAUUUCUAAUUGCUUUGGCUGAUGGAUUGAGGACUGGUGUUACUGAGUGGCCUGAACCUUUGGAGAAUAAGUCAUCUGUUGACCUUGUUCAGGAAUUUCUCAAUGAUUUAAAGAAUAGGUUGGAUGGGAUUGAGAAUUCAGCAAAGAAAGUCAAGAUGUUCUCCAAUUUAUCAUUGUCCUUAAGAUGUGACAACCCCAUUGAAUACCUGCCAUAUUUGUCUUGUCACUUGUGCUGA